GGAAUUUUUAUUGGCCUUGUCGUUAUAUGUACCAUAUAAGUAUGAGCAAGGAUUAUAUAUACUAAGGUGUAUACCUUUACCCAUAAUGUCCCCUCAAGCUAUAGUCCUCUUGCUUCCAUGCUCAUUUUCACAUUUCUAGAGAGAUAAACUGUUAAAAGAGAUCUCACAGAGCUUCUCUAAGUAUCUCCAUUCUUCACUCUUUAAGUCUUUAUCCUUAGCUUCUUCCCUUCUGUCUUUGCCGUACUCAUGAGAGCUGAGGAUAGCAACGCUUUGGAUCUCAAUAACUUACCUGAUGAUCCAUCUAGAGACUUUUUCCCAUUCUUCGAAGAAGGCUCUUCUUCCUCUUCUCCUGGAGGGUUUAGAGAGAAGCAAAUCAAAGAUGAUCAAAAAGAGUACCAAUGUAGAUUUUGUUCACUAAAGUUUUUCAAAUCUCAAGCUCUCGGUGGCCACAUGAACCGCCACCGCCAAGAGAGGGAGACGGAGUCACUUAACAAAGCUCGUGAACUUGUUCUUCGCAACGAUACAUUUCCUCCUCAUCAAGGACCUCCGUCAUUUAGUUAUCAUCAAGGAGAUGUGCAUAUUGGAGACCUAAUAACACCAUUCAAACCAAUGAUGUAUCCACCAAGAUUAUUCUCCCCCUCCUCUCUUCUUCCCCCGCCACCACCACCACUUGUGCAACCUUAUAUGUAUCCACCACCUCCUGCUCGGCGGCCGUCAUCCUUUCCUCCCCGUCACACCAACGACUACUAUUUGUACAACAAUGGUACACAUCACCAAACCCUAACCAAUAGCGGUUGCGGUGGCCGUGCACCGCCUGACUCGAGCUACUCUUUCAUUGGUGCACCCGUGGCUAAUGGCUCUAAAGUUGAUCCUCCUAUUUCGCACCCUCUACCUCCACAUCAUGGGAUAUAACUAAGAAAAUGGAAAAAAUAGUUAAAUUUUCUCCAUUGAAUGUUAGAUUUUUUUACCUAUAUAGUUUUGUCGGAUUACUGAAAGAGACAUGACAAAGCAAUUGAUGGUGACAAAAAAGUGAACUGCUCCCUUCUCCAAAAGCAGACCAUUAUCGUUUUAUGUUAUUUUUCGGAACAUUAUAUACAUUUUUGAAACAAUAGUUUCGUUUUUAUGUUUGAUUUGUUUGCUAGUCAAUUUUCGUCGUCACGUUAUACGUAGACAUAUGGUAUAAACAAUUUGAAUUUGAUAAAUUUGUUUCUUCUGCACCUUUUUCUAUUAGGUACUAGUAUUUUAGCUGAAAAGUAGACGUUGUCUAAAAAAAAAAGCUGAAACGUAGACAAAUCCUAGCAUUAGCAACGGAAUGACCAAUUACACUCAGCUUUUAUAUUGAGUUCCUUACUUUUCCUAUAUAUAUCUACAGUUCUGGAGAGUAAUAUAUAGUACAGUCAAACAAGUAAAAAGACAAGAAUUUUUUAAAAAAACAAGGAAAUAGACAAUUCAAAUAUUAUGACACUAUACAAAUCUAAGAAAAAAUUGAAACAAACAAAAGAACUACAUUUUGCUUCUUGUAAAGUAGUCAAAAGUAAUGAUCAAAGAGAGAGAGAACGAUCAAACAUAUGAUAUCAAGCUGAAGCAUGUUUGUGUGAUAAAAGGAGAAAAGAGAGCAAUGCAUGAAAAGAAGAAAUAAAUCAUAGUUUUGUGAAAGAAGGCUAACCCUAGAUAUGUAUUUUCAGUCUUCCCAAGAGUUACAUGUAUGUAUAUAAAAUGAAUAAAUCAGAGAGAGAAAGAGAAUACGUCAAGACUCAUUAAAAAUAAAAUAAAAAGGACUGAGACUAUAGACAACUGUGGUAAGGAGAAAGGACUCAUUGAUGCAGUUAAGUUUCUUUUGUUUCAGUCUGUCGAUUACAAACUUAUUCUCUAAGGUCAGCUUUUACCAUUUCUUAGCUUUUUUUUUUUGUCAUCUACUGUUUCUUAGCUUUGCUCCUCAAUUUCAACUCUACCCUACUCCUAUAUUAUAUGUAUAUGUAUGUAUUUGCGUGCGUGUGCUUAUAUGAGUUGAUAUACUCUCAUUUAUAUAUGCAUAUAUAAAAUAGAUUUUGCACUUAUUUGCAAAUGGUUGCACUUGCACAUAUAGUAUAAGGUUGUGUAUAGUUAUAAAAUAUACUAUCAAUGUGGUGAUACACACAUAUCACAAUUUAAAAGCAUUUCAAGUAGUGACAUAACAUUACAUGAUAGGUGUGCGUCUAUAUCUGGAAGUACUCUAUCUAAUUAUAAUCCCUGAAAUCCAUGAAAUAAUGAAAUUGGGAAAAUGAGACGUUUAUAAUUAAGAGGGGAAACGACUAAGGUAUAAGCUAAGAGUAGAUAGAAAAUGUGUUUCAAAUUAAAAUAGAUGAAACAGGAAAGUAAAGCUUUUCCUAUUUAUGCAAAUAAAAGUUUUUAGGGUUCAAUUACCGAUUGCUAUAUUUAUUAGUAGUAGUUCAGCAGAAUAGGCUGCUGAAUCUGCUGUUCCUAUACAAUGACACCGCCCCAACUCUAGUACACACCAAAACCAUACACUUAACUACUUAAAUCUUCUUAUAGAUUUUCAUAGGUUUGUUUAUUUUAGGUAUGUUUCAAGUAAUGUAGUUUUGAGUAAAUAUUCAUGUGAAUAGUGUGAGCUUAGGAUAUGAUACACCUAGUUUCGCUACACUAAAGCAUUACCGCAAAGCAUAGCUAGCGGUUUGUAAUAAUUUUCCUUCAACAGCAUAUAUACAGUAUUACAGUGUCAUUUUCUCAUACAAACUCUAACGCCAACGUAAAAAUUGCGUAUUAAACGUUAUGAAUUCUAUGUGACUGAUACGUAUUUGGGAUUUCCCAUUGAACUAAAUUAUCUAGGAUGGUUUGGGAUUAGUGAAAUCAACACAUAAACCUUUUUUUCUUUGAAAGAUAGAAUCUAAUGGGUAAGAAUAUAGAAUAUACACAAACAGCCUCUAACCUUCUAGCU